GAUAGGAGAGGGAUGGAUUCCCGAUCCAUGUGUGGUGGAUGUACUUCGGAGUGACUAUGCUACGGACAGGCUAACGUCAAAAUUAAUCUUAAUCCUCCAGUUGAAAAGAAGAGCUUCCUCCUUAGCGUCAUCAGACAUUUUAACCUUGACCCAGCAUCUUCACUCCAGCCCUGGCUGACCUGACUAGGCCGCCUUCGAACUUAGAACACUUCUGCCUCGACCUCCUGAUUGCCGCCAUGUCCGGCCCAUGACACUUUGACAAACACAGGUAAUUGAACACCUCUUUUUAAAAUUCUCUUGCACUCUACACCUGGCAUAGCAUCGGCUGGGCCACCAGCGGUAGCCGAGGACAUCGGUCGUCUCAGGUAAUCCUCAGAGAAUCCCGGAAGAGGAGCCGGGUCUCUCCCGUCCCACCCAAUCGAUUCUAAAAGUCCGCACCACCCCUGGGACUGUCAGCAAGGUGACGUUCUCCACGCCGGGGAUUUUCGCAGUGGUGACACAGGCUACUUCCGGCGGGCCGCGGGAGUCCGUGACGUGGCAGGCGAGUCCGUGCACGGUCCUCCGGGCCGGGACACGGGACUGUCAGGUGCCCUCGGGGCAGCUCCCCGGGGACAGAGAGCACGGCCGCAGCCUCCAGCCGGAACCGGAAGUGCCACGUGUCCCCACUGUGCCUGCGCGGCCGGCGGCUCCGCCCAGGGCCUCCCUCCUCUCCGGGUUCGGCUGCCGCCUCCGAGCCCGGCGUUCCCAGCCCCGCCGGCCUGACUCCUGAGCCUCUCCGCGCCCUGGCCGGGUCGUGGCCGCCGGCGGGCAGAAGACACCCACACGCCAUGCCUCGACUUUGACGUGCCACCCCCGCGUGUUCCGCUUCUCCGGCCUCCAGAUCCCCUGCCCUCGGUUUUCCUGUUGGAGCUCUUUUUUAGGCUGGGCGCUGCGGUCGACCCCGACGGCUCCGUCUUACCCUGAGAUCCCCGGGCGCCAUGGCCCAGCCCCGGAUCCCCGCUGCCCGCGGUGCCGCAGCUAGCCUCCAGGCCCAGAACGGAGCCGCCUCAGCCUCGGGGUCUCCCUACACCAACGGUCCUGUCCAAAAUACACUGAUGUCUCCACAAAUGUCAUCGAGUCAAGGAUAUGAUUCCCAACUUCCAGGAUCCUACCCUCGUCCAAUGCCAGCAAAGACUUUGAAUCCGUUCUCUGCACAGUCGAACUAUGGUGGUUCUCAGGGAUCUGGGCAGGCUCUUAAUAGUCCACUUGUGACUUCCAGUCCAGUACUACCUUCGCUUCAUAGUGGUCCUGUUCCCCGAAUGCCACUACCUACUUCUCAGAACCCAGCUGCUACACCAAUGCCUUCUGGUAGCUUUCUUCCUGGAGCCAACCCACCCCCAUCUUUGAAUUGGCAAUAUAACUAUCCAUCCACAGGACCGCAGACGAACCAUUUUCCUCAUGGAGCUCCACCAACUCUACCUGGGAAUCCAAAUUUAACAGCGGAUCAUCAAUAUGUUUCUUCUGGAGACCCUGCACUUCAAACCAGCUUCAAAAAGCCAGGUUCUGCACUUCCCUUACAGAACCCACCUCUGCCUCCCACUUUUCAGUCAGGAGCUCCUCCUGGGCCCCCUCCAGCUGGAGGCCCACCUCCCAGCCGGGGCCCCAUGCCCCAGAAAACACCUCCUCGGGCUGCACCCCCACCUUCAUUUAACUCAGCUGUCAAUCAGGAAGGUAUUACUUCAAAUGCCAAUAAUGGAUCUACGAUGGCUCAUAAUACUUAUGAUGAGAUUGAAGGAGGUGGCUUCUUGGCAACACCACAGCUUGUUAAUCAGAACCCCAAAACAAGCCGAAGUGUGGGCUAUGCAUACCCCUCCCUGCCACCAGGCUACCAGAACAGCGCACCACCUGUGGCUGGAAUGCCACCACCCUCCCUCAGUUACCCAAGUGGCCCCCAGGCCUUUACUCAGACUCCCUUAGGUGCUAAUCAUUUAACUGCAAGCAUGAGUGGAUUAAGUCUGCAUCCAGAGGGGAUAAGAGUUGUCAAUCUUCUUCAAGAAAGGAACAUGCUUCCUUCGACACCACUGCAGCCUCCAGUCCCAAAUCUGCUUGAAGACAUCCAGAAACUCAACUGUAACCCAGAGCUGUUCCGAUGCACGCUGACGAGUGUCCCUCAGACUCAGGCCUUACUGAAUAAAGCCAAGCUUCCGCUGGGGCUGCUGCUCCACCCCUUCAAGGACCUACUGCAGUUGCCCGUGGUCACCUCCAGCACAAUUGUGAGAUGCCGUUCAUGCAGGACUUACAUCAACCCUUUCGUCAACUUCCUUGAUCAAAGAAGGUGGAAAUGUAACUUAUGUUAUCGAGUAAAUGAUGUUCCUGAAGAAUUCAUGUACAACCCUUUAACCAGAGUUUAUGGAGAACCUCACAAAAGACCUGAAGUCCAGAAUGCUACCAUUGAGUUUAUGGCUCCUUCAGAGUACAUGUUACGACCACCACAACCUCCAGUGUACCUCUUUGUAUUUGAUGUAUCUCACAACGCAAUAGAAACUGGAUACUUGAAUUCAGUUUGCCAGAGUUUGUUAGACAAUCUGGAUCUGCUUCCUGGCAACACUAGGACAAAAAUCGGUUUCAUAACAUUUGAUAGCACUAUCCAUUUCUACAGUCUUCAGGAAGGUCUCUCCCAGCCUCAGAUGCUAAUAGUUUCAGAUAUUGACGAUGUUUUUAUACCUAUGCCAGAGAACUUACUAGUAAACUUAAAUGAAAGUAAAGAGCUUGUCCAAGAUUUACUGAAAACACUGCCACAAAUGUUUACUAAGACACUGGAGACCCAGAGUGCCUUGGGUCCUGCACUUCAGGCUGCGUUUAAGCUGAUAUCACCAACUGGUGGUCGAAUGUCUGUCUUCCAAACACAACUCCCAACGCUUGGUGUAGGAGCCCUGAAACCACGAGAGGAACCCAACCAAAGGUCAUCUGCUAAGGAAAUACAUCUGACACCAUCCACUGACUUCUAUAAGAAAUUAGCCUUGGACUGUUCUGGGCAGCAAGCAGCUGUUGACUUAUUCCUUCUCAGUGGACAGUAUUCGGAUUUGGCUUCUCUAGGCUGCAUCUCUCGGUACUCAGCGGGUAGUGUGUAUUACUAUCCCUCGUACCAUCACCAGCACAACCCAGUGCAAGUACAGAAACUACAGAAGGAACUACACAGGUACCUCACUCGGAAGAUUGGAUUUGAGGCAGUCAUGAGGAUCCGGUGCACCAAAGGUCUUUCCAUUCAUACCUUCCAUGGGAACUUCUUCGUCCGUUCUACAGACUUACUGUCUCUUCCCAAUGUCAACCCAGAUGCUGGGUAUGCGGUCCAGAUGUCAGUAGAAGAGAGUCUCACUGACACUCAGCUAGUUUCCUUCCAGUCAGCACUCUUAUAUACAUCAAGUAAAGGUGAAAGAAGAAUCCGUGUCCAUACUUUGUGUUUGCCGGUAGUUUCUACCCUGAAUGAAGUCUUUCUUGGAGCUGAUGUGCAAGCAAUUUCAGGGUUAUUAGCCAAUAUGGCUGUUGACAGGUCGGUGACUGCCAGCCUGAGUGAUGCCCGGGAUGCCCUGGUGAAUGCUGUCAUCGACUCUCUCUCAGCCUACCGCUCUUCAGUCCUGAGUGGCCAGCAGCCAGGCCUCAUGGUUCCUUUCUCCUUGAGGCUUUUCCCACUUUUUGUGUUGGCUCUCCUAAAACAGAAAUCUUUCCAGACUGGGACAAGUGUACGUCUAGAUGAACGAAUUUUUGCCAUGUGUCAAGUGAAAAACCAGCCAUUGGUUCACCUCAUGCUCACAACACAUCCCAGCUUGUAUAGAGUUGACAACCUCUCAGAUGAGGGAGCUCUCAACAUCAAUGACAGAACCAUACCUCAGCCCCCCAUUCUUCAGCUCUCGGUGGAGAAGUUGAGCAGAGAUGGAGCGUUCCUCAUGGAUGCAGGCUCAUUACUGAUGCUUUGGGUUGGAAGAAAUUGUUCACAAAAUUUUCUCAGCCAAGUUCUGGGAGUUCAAAACUAUGCAUCAAUUCCACAGACAAUGACAGAUCUUCCAGAACUUGAUACACCCGAAUCUGCCAGAAUAGCAGCCUUCAUCUCAUGGCUUAGAGAGCAGAGGCCGUUCUUCCCAGUACUCUAUGUAAUCAGGGAGGAGAGUCUUAUGAAAGCAGCCUUCCUUCAGAACUUGGUAGAAGACAGAACAGAGUCUGCACUGUCAUAUUAUGAAUUCCUUCUGCACAUACAGCAGCAAGUGAACAAGUGACGAGACCGGGCUGCUGAGGAGUCGCUGGUGGAGUUCCUGAGGAUGCAGUACCUUUCUUUCCUCCUUAAGAUUGUGAACAAAUGUGAUGAUGAUUAAGAUGUUUCACUGUGAUUUCAACUAACUAUAGCAAAUAAAGGACCACAGCCGAGAGUCAGAUGUGCAACUCCAAAAUACUGUAUUUUUCAAAUCAAAUAGAUGUCUAUACAAUUGGAAACCUUUUUUUUCCUUUGCUGCCAACUAUGUUUGAGUUGUUAUGGAUUGAGAUGAGACAAUAUUGCAGAGGCAAAGAACAUUUUAUAAAAUAAAGACUUCUGUGUUCUGCAUUUCUAUUUCUCAUUUUUUUUAUUUUUAUGAGUUUUUGGCUGCUACAUUUAAAAACGUCACAAGACUAAGUGUUUUAGGGACGUUUCAAAUCUAUCAAUAAUGAUCUUUUUUAAAUUGGAAAAUCCAAAAGUCAGUAGACUGUAGAAAAGCUGGAAUCCAUCCCCUUUACAUAUCUGUUUUUGCCACACACACCCCCUUCAUUUUCUAGGGAAGGAAAAGGAUCAUGUUAACUAAAUUGGAGUACACUAGCUCUGGUCUUGCUUGGGAAGAAUAUAAAGUAAAUUGUGAAGCUUUAACAUCUGUCAGUAUUUUCUCUACUUGAACAAAGUCACUUUAAUUUGAGGUGAAAACUAAUUAGGUGGUUUUCUGCUGUUUUAUUCUGCCGUGAAUAAAAUUUGAGCUGUCUUCAUAAAUAUAUCAGGACUGGCAAUGAUAAUAGGAGCUGGUUCUGUUGAUUCGCUGAGUGGGUUUUUGUUUGGUCCAUUUCUGCUGUGAUUGAUAAAGUAUUACAAGCAGUUAAAGGUUCCCUAAAUGCAAUCUUAGAAUGCAUCAGCGUUAUCUCUAAGGAGUUUAAGGAUUAAAUUGGAAGCCGCUCAUGUAUUCUGGGAUAUUAAAACCUUUUAAGGUAUGAAUGCUGCUGUUUGAGUUGGUGGAUACUAAGAUUGUACAAAUCCAUCAUUUUAAAGUUAUAAAAGAAACUUGAUUUGUUAUCAUGCUCUAAAGACUGCUUGUUUUGAUUCAGUUAGAGAACUAUUACAGUCAAACUAUCGGAUGGCUUUUGUUUACAAAUAGGUAAAUUAUCCAUGUGUAUUUAAAGUGCUAUGAUGUGUCUUUAAGAGUUUGCCUCAGUUUUCACAGGUUCAUCAUCUUGUAUGAACUUCUUUAGUAAUAUUUGUGUGUAAUACUCAGAGAUCUUUUUGGUUUUUGUUUUCAUAGAUUAGAAAUGUGUUUACAAUCUCCGUCUCACGCCAUCACCAAUGUAAUAGUAACUUCCAGGUUUACACCCACACGGGCUGACUGUAACUCCUGGGAAGGGAAGCAGCAGGCCCCUGGAGUGUACAGACAGCUACCGAGUGCCAGCUGCUUCCGGACACCUGUGCUUUGUGAGAGUGACAGUGUUAGAGUCCCUUUUCUUUUUAAUUCCAAGCCACACAUGAUGGUGGCACGGGACCCUAAUGCUGGUAUUUGAGAGGCUAAAGCAGGAGAUUGCUAGCCUGGGCUACAUAGCAAGUGCCAGACCAGCUAGACUUGUCUCAAAAAGACAAUUGAAAAUUUUUGUUUCAGUGUACAUAUAGUACAUUCAAUUGAGGGUUGUUUUUUUUUUUUUAACUGCUUCAUUUAUUGAGAAGCAGUUUUCAAACUAGAACCAAUUAAGUGUAUAUUAUUUCCCCUCUUUUUAAGAAACAGCCAUUAUAUACAAUGUUCCUUUAAAUGAACUAAAGUUUUCUUUUUAAUGGGAUUUUAAAUGUUAGUAUUUUUAGAUUCUUUCAUCAUAGUAAGGAAUCUUCCAGAGGGAAAUGUACUCCUAGGGAAACCUUCCUUGUGCCUUCCCGGAGUAAGUCUGACCCUUAUUAGCACCUGCUUGGUUAGUAUAUUUCACAAAUUUACUUUUAAAUUUUAUUUUAGAUAUUAUAUUAUGUGCAAUCCAGAGUAAUUUUAUAACAGUCAUAAAAACAUAACUAUUAGGGUUCUCAACUUCGUUCUCCACACAAGAGAAUGAACCGUUGUGGAAUAUUGAUAUGAUUAUUUUUUUGCUAUAUUGAAUGUUUUUCAGUUUUGACUUUUUUUUUUUUUUUGCAGUAAGACACUACCCGUCCUACCAUCCUGUAUUACUUUCUGAUGUAAAACAACUAAUAUUUACACUAUGCCAUAUUUUUUUUAUUGUAGUUGUAAAUUAUGAAAGAUCCUUGAAUUUUCUACAGAUCUACAACUACUAAAGUAACAGACAAGGGCAAUCUUGAUAUAUAAAUCUGAGCAUGCAGUUCUACCAUAAAAAGUACUCUAUUUUUCUAAAUCUAGAAUUUUUAAAAUAAUGUUCCUGUAAGUCUGACAUACUAAUAUUCACUUAAGCAGUAACAUUUAUUUUAGCUUGCAUAUAUUUUAAUUUAAUGUAAUGUACUGAGUCUAAUAGACUGUUUUGCAAUAAUUAGAAUAAAAGAUUUACUUCUUCUAAUCAAAGAUGCAUAACAGCUAUUAUCUAGGGGACCACCAAAUGUGAUUUCACAGUUUUAACUAUUAUAAACACAAUUGUUACAUAGAAAUUUUAAUUUUGUAAAGUAGUGUGUAUGAUAUUGUAACAUUAAGUCCUUGUUCUCAAAUCAAAAGUAUAUGUUGCCCUCCAGUGUAUUGUGCUCAGUCUUGCUCCCCUGAGAUGUUGACACAGGAUUGGUCUUCCUUUUUACAGAUUGUAAUUUUCACUGUUUUAUUCCUGUUUUUUAAAAAAAAAGUCAUUUGUAACCCAUGCAAACAAUGUUUGAUCUGUGCUAACUUAUAAAUUUGGCUAUUCAAUAAAGUUAAUCAAAAGAACUUA